UUCUGGUUCCCUCGAUCACGAGGGAAGGAAGGGCUAUUUCCAUAUAAAAAAAACCAGUGGGCUAAAGUAGAAUUGAUACAUUUCUGGCUAUUCAUGGCGUGGACUAAGUACCAGAUUUGCCUAGCAGCGAUGAUGCUGAUUACAGGGUCUAUUAAUACGCUGUCGGCUAAGUGGGCUGAUGGAUUUAGUGCCAAAGGUUGCCAUGGAUCACAGACACACCUGUUUAAUCAUCCUUUCCUUCAGGCAGUAGGAAUGUUUCUUGGGGAGGUCUCCUGUUUAGCUGUGUUUUACAUAAUCGUGUGUCAUGAUCGACGAAAACCAGAACCCCAAAUGGCUUCUGCAAGGAAGUUCAACUCUUUCAUUUUCCUACCCCCUGCACUAUGUGACAUGACUGCCACCAGUAUUAUGUACAUCGCUUUAAACUUGACCAGUGCAUCCAGUUUUCAGAUGUUACGAGGAGCUGUUAUCAUCUUCACUGGCCUGCUCUCUGUUGCCUUCCUAGGCCGUCAUUUAACAGCUAGCCAGUGGGUGGGGAUUUUUUUCACUAUCUGUGGUCUUGUGGUAGUGGGCCUAGCAGACUUUGUCAGUGGAAAUAAUGACCAAGGCAGCAAGUUAUCUCAUGUUAUAACUGGGGACCUCCUAAUUAUCAUUGCACAGAUCAUUGUGGCUAUUCAGAUGGUGCUCGAGGAGAAAUUUGUUUAUAAACAUGAUGUACACCCACUUCGAGCUGUGGGUACUGAAGGAAUGUUUGGCUUCAUCAUCCUAACUCUGCUGCUGAUUCCAAUGUACUACAUUCCUGUGGGCCAAUUCAGUGGAAAUCCCAGAGGUGUCCUUGAAGAUGCAUUGGAUGCUUUCUGUCAAAUAGGUCUAAAGCCACUAAUCUUUGUAGCCCUCUUGGGAAACAUCUUGAGCAUUGCAUUCUUUAACUUUGCUGGUAUUAGUGUCACAAAAGAAAUCAGUGCAACCACAAGGAUGGUUUUGGACAGUCUGAGGACCUUGGUAAUCUGGAUAGUGAGUCUCGCAGUGGGUUGGGAGCAGUUCCACGGUCUCCAAAUUCUAGGCUUUUUAAUUCUGCUGGCAGGUGCUGCACUCUACAAUGGCUUCCAUAAGCCAGUCCUAGCAAAGCUUCCCUGGCGCAAGGAGCGAAUGGAGGAAGAAUACGAAAGGGAACGAUUAUUGACUGAAAACAAGGACUCCAUUAAUGUCAGCCCAUGAAACUAAUGGUUUGAAGUUGCUCAUGGUUUGCCUCUUUUUAAAUGGAAGCUAACUUGUUUUCCAAUUGAAGCAGAUCCACUUAAACUAAAUUCCUUAAUAUGUUUUCAUGGUACUCCAAGACUAUACACAAUUGCUGGAAUAUUAUGCACAAUUGUUUUAUUUUUUCUAUUGGCAGCCAUGAGCCAGACAGAUGUGCUGAAACACUUGGGCAAUUUAUAGAACUGAUAUGCUGAGGAAUGAGUGACUUGUACAUACUGUAAGUGGCAUUGGUUAUUGAUGCUGCAGCUAAGAAGCUUUUGAGAUUAAAAAUGGGAGGGAAAAAUAAUAAACAUACCUUUUUUUUUUUGGUUUCCUAUUUUGUCUAAGGAGAAAUCUCCAAUCCUGCAGCAGGCUGUAGUUCGUGUUCCAGUGCUGGAUUUUUCUCACCCAGAGCUCUCCUCUUGGGUGCUACAGAUUUGCCAACAGUGAAGUAGCCUAAUUUUGGUGAUGCCUCUGUUUUACCACCUUGCCAGUCUUGCAAUGAUUCUGUUUUCCCCCCCUCACCUUCCUCCUCCUCUUUGUGCAGGUCUAUAUUGAACAGAUUUAAAACACUAAGUGUAGGUUUUUAAACUCUGCUUUUCAUCACUGUACAGAAUUCUUUUAAAUCAUUAGGGAGUAUUCCAUGACUAAAGUAAAAGUUGAUUUUUCUGAUGGGCAUUCUCCAUGUACAUUCCAAGGAAGUAAUUUAUUUUGCUUUAAUGUGAAAUGAAAAUGUGUAUAUAGUUACAAAUUUAUUGCUUCAAAAUAAACCACUAUUCUAGAUAAAUAA